AUGCGGAGAAAAAGAGAACACGAAGAGUUCCGGAGAACAGAAGCCGCGAAAAAUGCAGUUGCGCAAAAAUUACAAAGGAUGGAUGAAAACCUAAGACAGCAAGAGCAACAAAGAGAUGCAGCGGGACGAGUCGAGCGCAGAAAGGAUUCCAUCUACCGUGAAGCGGAAAAAGAGCGGGACAGGAUUGACCACUCUACCCGUCGAGCGGACGAGGCUUAUCGCGAUGCGCAAAAUGAGCGGAAUAGGAUGGAACAUGCUACCCGCCGAGGAAACGAGGAUUAUCGCGACGCGGAAAAUGAGCGGAAUCGGAUGGAACAUGCUACCCGCCGAGAAGACGAAACUUUCAAACAGGCCGAACAGCAGCAAAACACAAUUAAAAAAGCAAUUUCACGUCAUAAGGCUCAGACCAAUUUUGAUAUUUUGUGUAAAUCUUUCCAUUGUGAGAUACUUGAUCAACCUAAAUGGAUAUGUGGUUCGUGUGGAGGUCUUUGGUAUCGAUCAUCUAUGCAUCCGACAACAAUGGAAGUCGUGAGGAAACUUCAUCCCAAGAAACCUUUCGCCCAUCUAAAAAGCAUGACUAGCUUAGAGGAACGUUUGGUUGCAUUGAGGCUACCGUUUGCUCAGAUUAGAUCGUUAGGGUGCGACCGUCAGUACGGAAUCCGAGGGGGAGUAGUAAACGUUCCAAACGACAUGGACAUAGUCGCCAAAGUUAUUCCCCGCCGAUUUGAUGAGACGAGUACAGUACAGGUUCAAUUGAAGCGCCGCAUGACUUAUAAACAUCCAUACAUGUUCGAAACAAUUCGACCAUACAAAGUUUUCCAUGCAGCAAAUUAUUUAGUACGUACCGAAUUGUAUAAAAAGGAAAAGGUAUUUCUAUCCUCAGACUGGGCUAAUAGUGUUUCAACAGACACAGUAGAAUAUAUAGUAAACCCAAGCGAUGCUACUCAAAGUUAUACAGACAUAGAAAAUAUUAAAGACUUAUCUAUCAGUGACAAAGCCGAAACUGAAGACAAUGAUCCACCGUUAACGGAAACUCUAAUGCAAGAAGAUCAACUAAUCAUGGCAGUGGCACCUGGGGAAGGAAUGCGCCCGUUGUCUUUACUUAUGGAUCUCGACGCCGAAGAGUUAUCUUUUCCAUCCAUUUACUGCGGCAUCAAACGAAAACUGAAUCCAGAAGCUAACUUGUCAUAUAGUGAUAUUGCAAAGUCCGAACUACGCAGAUUUGAUCCACGCUGCAGACGAGCAGACAAGAUCUUAUAUAGCUACCGUCUCGUUCAAACUCAUAGGAUCGCUAGUAACAUAAACAUAUGUCUUCGAAAAAAGAAAAAGCGUGGGAUCGUGACUGUUGGAAACCUACUUAACAAGCAAUGUGUCCAGAGCUUAAUUCAACACGAUGACGGGUAUCGGCUUUUGUCAAACAUUGUCAACUCACCGUCAUAUUUGGAAGAGAAGAAGAAGGACGUAAUGGCCAUGAUUCGUCAACUUGGACUCCCAACAUUUUUCAUUACAACAUCAGCUGCAGAGACGAAAUGGCCCGAGUUGAUCUCCAUGCUCCAUAAUAGGAAGUAUGGGACCGUGUUAACUAAUGAAGAAGUUUCUAAUAUGAAGUUAGAUGCUAAAGCGGAUCUCAUAAGACAUGACCCGAUAGGAUGUGUAAUGGCUUACGACAGACGGGAGAAGGCAAUGGACAGAUUUUUGAUCAAGCCAGUAGGUGGAAUCUUUCAUCCUUAUGUACACCAGGACUUCUUUAAAAGGAAAGAAGUUCAACAACGCGGGUCAAUUCACACACAUGGAAUGGAUUGGAUUAAGGAUGCUCCGACGUUUGACAAAGAAAAUUCGCUAACUCACCAAGCUUGUUGUGAAUUCAUAGAUGAAUUCAUAACCUGCAAGAGAGAUGAAUCCGAUGACAUGAAGGAAGUCCUGGCAUACCAAAUCCACAACCAUUCACAUACUUGCGAAGACAAACGACGAGGAUGUAGGUUCGGUUUUCCAAUUGCACCUAUGAGGACGACAAGAAUACUACUUCCGUUACCUGCGAACCAAGUGAAGCAAUAUAAAGAACAAUUUGCCAAGAUUAAAGAAAAGCUUGCCACAUUUGGGCGACAUGCAGAAGAAAUUAACUUUGAUAGGUUUCUUGAAGAUCUGGAUCUUACUGAAGAAAAUUAUAUUUUCUCAAUUCGUUCCAACCUCAAAAUUCCCAAAGUUUUUCUUCGACGUGGAACCCAUGAAAUUUACAUAAAUGCAUAUAAUAAGAAGCUUCUUUUAUGCUGGCGAGCAAACAUUGACAUUCUAUUUGUUUUGGAUCCCUAUUCUUGUGCCAGUUAUGUUGUGAAUUACAUAAGCAAGUCAGAUCGAGGCGUAUCGAAACUUUUACGACAGGUUAGCAAGGAAAUUAGGGGCGGUAAUUUUGGUUUGAAAGAACGCUUAAGCUCAUUUGCCUCAAUGCUUUUGCGAAAUCCUCAGAGGUAUCGGCUCAAGAGGCCGCUUGCUGUUUAUUAA